CAAAGCACUCCUAUCACGAGACGAACACGGCAAAAGCGUUCCACCUGGGCCCGAGCUCCGGUAUACUAUUACUCAUAAAAGCACGACUUCCGUCGCGCGUUCGGCCCAUGUCCGACCGCACCUUAGACAGAUCUUGCUGCAACAUCAAAGCUAAUAGUUGAAGUGACAGAAACCUCUAAAUUGGGCAGACUCGGGCCAUGUUAGUACCCACCCCCCAGGGUAGCAAAUUUAAGGCAAGAUGAAUGAAGAUGCUUCGGAAAUGCGUCGAUUAAGCAAGACUGUGUGCUUUUUAUGUCGUCAGCGCAAGAUAAGAUGUAAUCGCCGACUUCCAAAGUGCGAAAGCUGUUCAAGAACAGGGGUGGAAUGUCAAUACAGUAAGAUUGAGAUCAAAAACAAACCGGGACUAAGAGCAGGCUACGUUUCCGAGCUUGAAGAGCGGCUAACGAGGUUGGAGCAGGAGGUUCGGGCGUUAAAGGCAGACCAAGGAACGGCCCCAGCGUUGGAAGUGUCCAGCGUGUCGAACUCUUCUGAGCCAUCUCUACGGGAUGCUCCGGAUACUGUUGCGCAUGUCAGUCCGCGAAGCUUUCGAUGUUCGCCCUCAGAUUUCGAUCCCUUAUCUGCGAAUAUUCUCAACGAACUUUGCGGGGCCUGGUUUGAGAAAUAUCAUCCGUGGUUUCCAAUUUUGCACCAACCUUCGCUUCUGGAGGUUCUCCAGACAUCCCCAAUUCUUGGAAGCACAGUCCAUUACAUUGUGUUCAAAGCAAUCGCUGCUGUCACUAUUCCUCACUCCUAUCACUCGGAUUCCUUGACGAAUGAGCAACGGCGGCAAUGUUCCGAUGAUCUUAGAAGCCAAGUACUCAUGGAAGCAAUCAGUCAGCUGUCUUUACAGUCGCUCCAAGCAGUCUUAAUUCUGACAAUUCGAGACUACGGCGCUGGUCGAAUAAGCGAGUUCUGGAAUCUAGUUGCUCUUGCCAAACGGAUGGGAACACAAUUAGGUCUGCGAGACUUAGUAGCCCACCAAUAUAACAAUUUCAAUAAAGCUUCGCCAAUACCACCUCGCAUGCUCCCAUUACCCGUUUCACUUGUCAAUAAAGAAGAACGGAUUCGAGCAUACUGGAUGACCGAAGGUACGUCAUCCUACUCUUGAAUGCUUUGGCUCACUGAAUUGCGCAGUUUUAGAUGGAUCGUCCACUGUUGGGGCAGCUUGGAACCUCAGCAUCUCUAGACCCGAGAAUACUGGGCUAAUGCCGUGUAGUGAUACCAUUUGGGCGUUCCCGGAGGCUGUCAUUAGCGCCUGGUCCUUCGGGGACUUUGAAAUGUCUUCGGCUUAUUCCUUGUAUGUCAUGUUAGUUACAAACGAACUGUGGCAUGUCCACCGGUUUCUGCAGCAGUCUUUCGAUACACAAUCAGCCACGGAGCGAGUCAGAUGGCAGAAUGAGUGCAAGGUGGUGGAUGACCGGCUCAUCUUAUGGCGUGCGAAGUUUGCCACUGCGUCGGGACGGAUGAGUACUGAGAAUGGAAACUCGUACGACCCAAAUAUCACAUU